AGUAGUAUCUUUACUAUUACAUUACAAUACAAAACAGAACAAACAACCCCGCAAACCCCUCCACCAUCCCACCGCCCUACCCUCUACAAGUUUUGUGUAAACAUCACCCACCCCCAAAAACAUAAAACAAAAAAAAUCCCACCAAAACUAAUAAAAUAAAUAAAAUAAAACAAAACAAGAAAACCAACAAAAACCAACAACAAAAACACCCAGCACACACACCAAAUUGACAAAACACAACAAAACAAACCCACCGAAACAACCAAGCAAAUAUAACAAAUCAAGUAUAACACAUUUCCUACACCAUGCUAUAAUAGAAUGUACAAUAUGUUCCCCAGACAUUCUGUUCUGAUGCUUUAUCUUCCUUCGAGCACAUCCGUACUAACGGACACAAUCUACUACGGCAAUGAGGCUUAGUCAUACAUUAGUUUCAUGUUGCAGCCUAUUUGAUGAACUCUGAAACUGAGAAGAGUCUAAAGGGUACCCUCAGUAUGGCCCCAGAGCAGGAUUAUGUUAUAGAGGCCGGAUAUGUGUACCAGGAGACUGACAAGAAGAAGCCAAUCAUCAAGGUCAUCCCGACAUUAACAAUGAAGACCCCAAAACGUGAGCUGGUCUCACUCAAGGGGCAAUGGAAAUAUAAGGAGAACAAAUCACUUCAGGGAAGCGUCACUUUCGAUGUUCACAAACUUCUUAACAAGCCAAUUACAUUUCAGUGUGAUAUGAACCAAAUAUCUGGUAAAAAGGCCAAACACUUGGCAAAAGUUAUUGUCAGAUCUGAGUUCCUGGAUGCCAAAGUCAUUGGCAAUGUGGAAAGUACGAAGAAAACAGUUAACCCCACAGUCACCGUGGAGUACACACUUCCCGAAGCCUACAGAAGCUGGAACAACAAACAUACAAUCAGGUCAAAGCUAACAGAUCAAAAGACGAUAAGCCACUGGAAGUAUAUGUUAAAUAUGGACUAUAAAAACCAGGAGCGACCGCAUCUGAACGUAUUUCUGAAAGGUGACUUCUCCCACAGCACGAGGCAUACCAAAGCAGAUGUCACAAUAAGGUAUGGGGUCAAGGUUGGACACCCUGCAAGACGCAUCACAGGAUCCGCUUCGAUAGAUCACCAUAUGAACAAACGGGCAGUAAAUGUCAAGUACAAACUGAAGACUGAGAUUGGUCCAAUGGAUGUCAGUGUCGACAUUCAAGGUAAAUACAAUGGAAACUCGCGCACAAUAGGAUCUGAACUCGUUGCAAACUAUAGGAAACAUACAGUAUCUACUUCAGUUGAGUCUAGAUUCACCACAAACACAAAAGAGACCACAGCAGUUGUUGAAAUCAAGACACCACUUCACCAACUUAGAUUUCUAAAUGCUGAAGUAAGCCUAGAUCAUGAGACAAAGGUGGCUUCUUCAGUUGGAUCAUUUUCCUCGGGACCUAACGGAAAUCGGAUGUCCUAUGCAAUCGAUUUUAAGAUGCCAUCAAAUACACAUAACGGGUUGGCAUUGUCUGCUGUCGGAGUAUUGUCAUCUCCAUCCAACAGUGACAGGAAGUUUGAAUUGCAUUUUCACCAUGUUGGAGGGAUUGUCAAUUUUAACACAAAAGCCAGUCUGACAUAUGCUAAGAGUAAAAUUAUAAAAGGAGCUAUUUCAUUCUUAUACAACGACCUGGCUCAUGUCGAAUUUGAGGGCGAUAUCAAAACACCUUUUGAAGGAUUUGAAAACAACACUGUAAAGUAUCAACAUUCGUUUAGUAAAUCUGAAGCUGAUUUGACUGCUGAAAUCACAAAUGGUUUCAGCAAAAGGGCUACAUGUAUGUUCAGCUUCAGUCUUGUCAACUCUACAAACGGCAGACUAGCAAUGUCACUGAAGACUCCAUCAAGAAACAACGUUGUGUCGUUUACCUAUACUGGUCCUCUAAAGAACUGUGAAGGCAAAACUGAAAUCCAAGUGCUUGGCUAUACCCAUUCGAUGCAUAUUGUCUACAUGCAUGGACAUAAAAUUAAAGUUGUAUUAACAUCUAGUAACAGAAGUAUGCAGGUACUUAAAGUGCUUUUCAACUUUGAAGUAACACCAACAAUGCUGAAUACCAGUGCUUUAUACACAUUCGAAGGUUCCACCUUUGAAGGUAUGGUUGUUGGCGUCAAAGAGGGAGCCAGAACAGAGAUGGUUUUAAAAUUGAGAACACCUUUCCAAGAUUUUCGUGAAACAGGGCUUUGGUACAAACAUUACAAAGAUUGGAGAAAUCAAUAUGCAGCCGUUCGUUUCAUGGAUGGCAAAGAAAUAACAUUCAACAUUACCAACUACAGAAAAUACAAAGGAUAUUUGGCCAUAUUUCCGGACUCUAUGUUAAGUUUAAUAGAACUUAAGACACCAUUUAGUAACUGGGAAAUAUUGUCUUUUAGAUUUGAAAAACAUGCUGUGUAUGGUGGCAAAGGCUAUGUCAAUACUAAAAUCAUGUAUGGAAACCACAAGAAAAUUGCAAUAGACUUUUACACGAUUGAUAAAGAUCCUGUUGGUCCAUCGAUAACAUUCAUCAUAACAACACCGUUUGAAAAAUAUAAAACAAGUAAGGUAGUUAUCAAUUGUCUUAGAGAAGGGUUUUAUGUCAAAGGAAAAAUGAACAUGAUAAUUUCUGACAUUGUAAUUACACUGUAUUACACAGGUAAAAUAGGCUUAAAAGAGGGGAAUAUGACUUUGCACACUAAUUUCCAUGGUUAUGAAUUAAUGGAAGGAGCCUAUAUUAUAACAGAUAUCAAUCGGUUAUACAAUGCCACAAGUACGUUUAACUUAAAUAAUAAAACAGUACGGACAGAGUUUGUAACAGACGCGAAGAAUGGUUUUCACUCACAUCUGACGAUUUGGACUCCUGCUGAGAACUUCACAAACAUUGGGUUCACAUAUGAUCACAACCUUUACGAUUACGUGUCAGAAUUACGUGUUCGCUACAAAGACAACGAAGUCAUAAUAUAUAGACUUACAUAUUAUCCUCGCAUAAAGGGCAGCCACUCAUAUAAAGCCGAACUGAUAACUCCAUUUACUGGUUAUGAGCGGCAACACAUUCUCUAUACUGAUCGUUCUCAGGGUCGCAAGACUUCUAACAAAAAAAUAACGUUUUUAACCAGUAAUGGGGAACAACUAUCUGUCAGUUCUGAAUAUGUUUUGCCAUCAUUUGUUGACAUGAAUGUAUUUUACAAAUCUAAGGAAUCUGAGGGCAAGGACCUUGUAAAACUUUUAUUCAGCAGUCCGUCUCUAGAAACUGUUACUGUCAAAGUUGAGACAAAAUUAUCUUUGGCAAGUUUUGGAAAUUGUGUUUUGGAUUAUUCUCACUUCAUUGACGCUGGAAGUCUUAAGGGUGCUCUGAAAUUAGAAAGAAAUGGGACCAAACACAUUGCUACUAAUGUUUAUAGUACACACAGCACAAACACAUUUCAUGGAAGUGUAAGCAUUAACUCGGAUGUGUAUGACUUUCACAACAUUACAGUUGUGGUCUCAAAGGAAGGAGUCUUUAAAAAUGUGAGAGCAAAAGGUUUAAUAUCGGUUGAUGAAUCAACAUAUGAAACAUUACUCUCACAUGUUCAAAUUCCUGGAAAACUACGGAAAGUUGGAGGAGAAAUUACUCUUAACUGGGACAGAAAACAUCCUAGUAGCAACCUUCAAGUCCAAGCAAAACUGAUGGACAGGAGAACACAGUAUCUUUUGUACAGAGACCUGACACUGAAGCUUAUGCAUCCCACUCGCACUGUUGGUAUCAUCGGGAAUGUCCUGAGUUCACAGCGCCAAACAAGGAGUCGUGGAGAAUUCAUCUGGAAUGAAGCUGAUGGGCACUCAUUUUUCUAUGAUGUUGAUGUUAAGGACCAUAGCCGUCGUCACACUAAAAUGUUUGAAGGCACCUUUAAAGUAGGAUCCCCUCUGAGAAGUGUCCAAAUGGAAGGGUCUUACAUUAAGACAGGUCCAAGAAGAAACUUGGCUGGAGCCUUCUCCUGGGAUGCAGGCAGAGAUGACACAAAGAAGAUUGGCAUGAAAGCAGAAUGCAUAUUUGGUGACAGAAACAAGCAGGCUUAUCUCUCUCUCAGACUUCCUUCUAUUGGCAAGAACAUCAAGGUUGACACAGGAUUAUUGCUGAAUGACGGCAGGUCUGUCUUCAAUGGAAAAACAUUACUAUCCUACUCCGAGGACGACCGAAAAACCAUCCUCCUUACAUCUAGCGUGGAUGACAUUUCCUCUGGCUAUGAUUACACCAAGCACAGUUUUGUGGUUGGCAUAAGCCACCCAUACACUGAUGUGGACGUCCAACUUACAUCCCACAUCGGUAGUUCAAGUGAGCAGGUAUCUGCAGGAAUAGAAAUUACCUACCUGACAGCCAGGAGAGAGAGGAUUAACUGGGCUCUUGAAGGACAGUUCAACAUGCCAGUGCAAAUGUUAAAGCUUAAGAUGCACUGCCCAAUUAAGGAUUUGGAAGCCUUUGCUGAAAUGAGAGAGAGUCGGUUUAAAGUAGUGAUCAGCAACAGGUCACUGACUGCUGUACUGCUACCCUGGAAGGCGGUGGAGUUGGAAACACAUUUUGAUCCAGAUCACCCUGGAAAGACGCUUCACGUGAAUGCCAGAUACGUCAACUCUAGUGCCAUAAAGGCUGAGGUUUAUCAUCUGGAGAAUUCCCGUCGUAUAUUUGACAGUCUUGUUGCUCUCAGACUCAACACAUCCCGUCUCCUCCAUACCAGGAUAUCCUGGAGGCCACAGAUGAUGGCUGAUGUACAGGCCUUCUUGACUAGGAAAGUGGAGAGUUACGGACUAAAUGCAAAGGCCACUUUGGACUCUGUGUACAAGACUGUGGGUGAGGAAUUAUCAGGCAAAUAUCACCGGAUUGCACAGGCCACCAAGGAGGACCUGUCUCCCUAUCUAAGUCUGCUUGUGUCAGAAAUGGCUGUCGUAGAGAACCAGCUGGACUCUAUCUGGACGGAUAUCAGGAGCAUAUACAAACGCAAUGACUUCUAUCUGGCCGACAUAGGAUACUAUCCUGACGCUGCAGAGAAGCUAUACAAACACGUUCUGAAGCCUUUUGAGAAGAUGUAUUAGAGGGAGUAAAUCUAUGACAGAACAUGUACAGAAUGCCAACGACUUGAACAUGAAAGAGAUCUAUGAUGACCUGUGGUACGACUGGGUUGUCCUUGCAAAGGAGGAAGUAGACACAGCAGUAGAAGAUGUCGUAGAGAUGAUCUCAAGGUUGGAUGACAUGAUCGAGAAAAUGUGGGACGCCUAUCAGCACCAUUAUAACAUUGUACAGACAAAAGCUACCG